CUAGCGCAUCGUGACGGGCCAAAUUCGCAGGCCUCGCAGUGUUUGACCCGCCUCUUCUUGUCUUCAGUUUCUCUCUGGUCGGACAGAAAGGCCGCGAACAAAAAAAAAAAAAAAAAAAGAAUUUAGCCGCAGAUGGAGCAAUUUCCACGAUAACCUGUUUUGACCUCCAGCUGACCUUGUCUCUCUAUGCGAUUUGAACAGCCCUACAGAGAUGACCGUGUCGACCUUGAUCUUGAUUGGGUCCAUGACAAAUUCGAAGACGACAGAGAUGCGCGACCUGCCCGUGGCGGCCGACGUGCUCGCAACGACCGCUACUCCCAGUCCCCGGAACGGAGCACUGGCGGCCCGUCAGGAGCCAAGCUCCGCGUUGAGAACAUCCAUUACGACAUCACAGAGAGCGAUCUCGAGGAUCUCUUCUCCCGCAUCGGACCCCUUCAGAACGUAAGCCUCGUAUACGACCGAGCCGGCCGCUCCGAAGGCCUCGCCUUCGUGACCUAUACGCGCAUGAGCGACGCGAGAACGGCGAUCAACGAAUUCGACGGCGCCAAUGCCAAAGGCCAACCAAUCCGACUGGCACUGAUCGCGACCGGCGACCGCGGCCGCCGCGACCGCAACCCCUUUGAUUCCGUCCAGCGCCCCAGAGGCAGCCUCCUCGAUCGCGUCGAGCGGCCCCGCAACGCCCGCAGUCUCAGCCCUGACACCCGAAGCGAAAGCCCGGACGGCGGUUCCCACCGUCGCCGCGGGCGUCGCGGUGGCGCAGCCCGCACCCGUCGCAGUGACGUGUCCAAGCCGGCCCCCGAGCACAUCGAUCGCUACGUCCCUGGCCAGGGCUCAUCCUCGCCGCGACGGGGAGCCCCCAACGGCGGCCGACGACAAGGCGGUGGAGCUCCCAGGGAAAGCAGAGGAUCAGACAGCCGUCGCGCGGCCAACGGCCGGCCGCGAAAGACACAGGAGGAGCUGGACCAGGAAAUGGACGAUUACUGGGGCGGAGGAAACACCGGCGAGACUGCCAACCAACCUGCUGCUGCUGAAGCUCCUGCUCCCGCUGCGGCUGCCCCUGCCGCCCCGGCACCCGCGGGAGACGACGACAUCGACAUGAUUGAGUGAGGGGAGACAAACAAAUUGCGACAAUCUUCGUGAUAUCCGUGUAACAAAUAGGUGCAUGCUAUUGUUGCUGUUACUGUUGCUUGCUUGCUUGCUUGCUUGCUUGCUGCUUCUCAGGAGGAUUUGUGGACUAUGAUCAAUCAGACUGGAACGGAACGGAUAGAUUUUUAUUAUUACUUUUUUACGGCUUGUUUUUCUUUGUGAGAUGGGAGAUCA